AGCUCGGCCGUGGAAGUAGAAGUGUUCCGCUUCAAGGAGUCGCUGGCUGAGGACCUGCGCAGCGCCGACCUGGUCAUCAGCCAUGCAGGUGCAGGUAGCUGUCUGGAGACUCUAGAACAAGGAAAGCCACUAAUAGUAGUAAUAAAUGACAAGCUGAUGAACAACCAUCAGCUUGAACUGGCCAAACAGCUCCACAAAGAUGGGUAUCUCCUUUACUGUAACUGCAGCACUCUUGUGGAGACACUGCAGUCAAUGGACUUGUCAGCUUUGAAACCUUUUCCUCCUGGACAGCCAGAAAAGUUUGCUUUGUUCCUGGAUGAAGUUGUUGGGUUUCAAUAA